AUUUCCAGCAUGAAAUUAGAAUAUGAUUUGAUCAUCAUUGGUGCUGGGAUCGUUGGGUGUGUCGCAGCCGUUGCUUUUGGAAAGCAAGGGAGAAAAGUUUUACUUAUCGAAAGAGAUAUGAGCGAACCCAACAGAAUUGUUGGUGAAUUACUUCAACCUGGAGGUGUUAAAGCUUUAGAAAAGCUUGGUUUAUCAGAGUGCCUAGAAAAUAUUGAUUCAAUCCCAUGCUAUGGAUAUGGUGUUUUUUAUGAAGGCGAAACUGUUUCUAUACCUUACCCAAGUGUAAAUGGCAAAGCUUCCCGAGGUCGUUCAUUUCAUCAUGGAAAAUUUAUUAUGAAUCUUCGAAAGGCUGCUUCAAAAAUAUCAAAUGUCACUAUCUAUGAAGCUAUGGCGAAUGAUAUUAUUAGUUGUCCAUUAACUGAACGUGCAUUAGGUGUAAUAUGUACACCUAAGGGCGAAAGUGAUGUCCGCCAUUUUCACGCUCCUUUAACAAUCAUUGCUGAUGGUUGUUUUUCAAAGUUUCGUAAAGACUUUAUCCUAAGAGAUGUACAAAUAAAAUCUAAUUUUGUUGGAUUUGUAAUGAAAGAUGCUAUACUUCCAUUUCCGAAUCAUGGUCAUACACGCGUAUUAAUUGAUGUUCCUGGAAAGUUGCCAAGUAAUGGUUCAGGCGAACUAAAGAAAUAUAUUGAAAGUAACGUCUUGCCAUUUAUUCCAAAAUCUGUUAAACCAUCCUUUUAUGAAGCAUUACAAACUGAGCGUCUUCGUUCAAUGCCAAACAGCUUUUUACCACCUUCUGCCAAUGUUAACGGAGGAUUGAUUAUUUUGGGUGACGCGAUGAAUAUGAGGCAUCCUUUGACUGGUGGUGGUAUGACUGUAGGCUUUAAUGAUGUAUUAAUACUUUCCGAUCUUUUAUCUCCUACUCAAACACCGGAUUUCAACGAUAUUGGACUUAUAUUGGCACAAUUGCAAGUAUUUCAUUGGAAGCGAAAAUUUUAUUGUAGUACUGUUAUAAACGUACUUGCGCAAGCGUUACAUUCUUUAUUUGCUGCAGCGGAUGACAAGUAUUUACAUAUAUUACGUGAAGCAUGUUUCAAGUACUUUAAGCUCGGCGGUAUUUGCAUCAGUCAUCCUUGUGGAAUGUUGGCAGGAUUGAUUGACAUACCAGUCGUGGCACGCCAGCGAGCAUGCACGGUAUAA